GUUCAGUAUAUUUUUAUAGAAACUUAACAGAAUAAUGGUUGAAAACCACUUUCCCGGCUGAAAUUUUUGCUGUUGGGACAAUGGGUUGCGUAGAAAACCACCGAAUAAUAAGGUAUCUAUCAACUGGAUCUCGAGUCCUUGGAAUGGGAACUUCUAAGCCACAUGUCUCGAUAGACCUAUCCACACAGCACAGCCUUUAUACAAAAGAAAUGCAAACGUGUCAUAGUUUCCCUUCUGUCGAAAAUUUCUGCCUAGUUACUCCUUAUCACCAAAAGAGAUAGAGCAACCACUCUGUCCACAUGAAGAUUCAAUGGUCACUAACCCAGUCCAUCCUCCAAUGACAGAUUCCCAUGUCAGUCCUCUCAGUUGUAGAACCAUGAAUGCCAUGAAGCUUCGAAAUUUUGGCCCACCCAGAAAUCAUUCAAGAAUAAGCACCUAAAGAUUUGGUGAGAGACCAUUAUGGUUUAAACCCGUUACAAUCCUUAAAGUUGCAGAACACAAUUCUGGGUCAGGCUUAGUUGAGCUUGAAACACUUGCUCAGAAGAAAAGAGAGCUUUACCAGGCGAUGGAAGGAAUCAAUAGGGGAAUAUUCGGAAUGCCAUCUGCCAAGAAGUCUGAAAUCGAAAGUCUGGUACAGCAGCUAGAAUCUCUGAAUCCUACUCCAUACCCAACUCAAGAACUUGAGAUGGUAUCUGGGUGUUGGAGGCUUGUUUACAGUACAAUCUCAAUUUUGGGAUCAAAGCGGACAAAGUUAGGCCUCAGAGACUUUAUCUCACUGGAUGAAUUUUUUCAGACUAUUGAUAUAUCCAAGAGCAAAGCAGUUAACAUGAUCAAGUUCAGUGCAAGGGGAUUGAGUUUACUGUCUGGACAGCUCAGUAUUCAAGCCUCUUUCAAGAUUGCUUCCACAACAAGAGUUGACAUUAAUUUCGAAAAUUCAACUAUCACUCCUGAUCAGUUGAUGAAUGUGUUCCGGAAAAAUUAUGAUCUUCUGCUCAGCAUCUUCAACCCAGAGGGAUGGCUGGAAAUCACAUAUCUUGAUGAUUCGAUGAGAAUAGGAAGGGACGACAAAAGCAAUAUCUUUGUACUGGAAAAAUUUGAUGAUAGUAAAAACUCCUAACUAUUUAUUGCUCUUCCUCUUUGAUGUUCGAAAUUAAUACUAUGCCAGCCAUUUUUGUA